AUGGAAGAAUAUAUGGAAACUGGAUAUUCUAGCGAUUUGAAAAAUAUUAAUCAAAAAUAUAUACCGAAUAGUAUUCAAUAUUCCUUGGCUAUUGCACAAAACUUGCAAUAUUUGAAAGAAAACUCCACAAAACUUUAUGAAAGACAAUUGAAAAGUCUGUAUAUUCAGAAAUGUGAAAGCAACAAAGCAGAAGCCUUGAAGUUCUUGAAAAAUUUGCAAUCACUUUUCUAUCUUGAGGAAAAUGAACCAUGUACUUUGUAUAAUUGUUUUUCAAAUUUGGCAAUGGAUUCAAAUUGUUCUCGAGCUGCUGAAACAUUAUACAAAGUAGUUGUUGCGAAUGUUAAGGAUGUAUUUAGAAUUAAUGAUUUUAAGCUUGGAAAUUUCACCAAAGCUUAUAAUAAUGCACUAUCAACUCUAUGGCUUUUCGAUCAUCCUGCGGAAAAAUCCGAAUUGCGAAAAAUGUUCGAAUUUUUCAAAAAAUGA